AUGCGUCAAGCCUGGGGAACCUUCGAGCCUGAGGUGCCCAAUGAAGGGGAGGAACAAAGGAACUCGUAUAAGGCAAGCGACCACGAAGAACGAUUCGACCGGAAGCCAGGCCCCGACCCAAUCAAGCGGACGUCAAAGGUCGAAUUCGAGAGGCCAUGCAUUGGAUCAGUAAGAAAGGGACGGCUCAAGGCCCGAGAAGAAGGCCUUGCCAUGGCGGAGGUUCAGGCGGGAAGCAGCAAAACCAGAGCAAAAGCAGGAGAAGAUCCGGAUAACAUAUCCUCUUAG